AUGACUUUAAAGGCAGUGACCUAUGAUGAUGUGCAUAUCAACUUCACUGAGGAAGAGUGGAAUUUGCUGGAUCCUUCCCAGAAGAAUCUCUACAAAGAUGUGAUGCUGGAGACCUACAGGAACCUUACUACUAUAGGAUACAUUUGGGAGGAACAUAAUAGUAAAGAACAUUGUCAACGUUCUAGAAGACAUGAAAGGCACAAAAGGACACAUACUGAAGAGAAAUCUUUUGAAUGUAAUCAGUGUUGUAAAGCCUUUGCACAGCCCUGUAAUGUUCGACUGCAUAAAAUAACACAUACUGGAGAGAAAGCCUAUGCAUGUAAUCAGUGUGGUAAAGCCUUUGGAGGGCCCCAUACACUUCAAUUGCAUAAAAGAACAAAUACUGGACAGAAACCGUAUGAAUGUAAUCAGUGUGGUAAGGCCUUUGGAGGGCCCCAUAUCCUUCAAAUGCAUAAAAGAACACAUACUGGAGAGAAACCCUAUGAAUGUAAUCAGUGUGAUAAGGCCUUUGCUCACUACAGUGCUCUUCAAAGGCAUAAAAGAUCACAUACGGGAGAAAAACCCUAUGAAUGUAAUCAGUGUGGUAAGGCCUUUGCUCACCACAGUGCUCUUCAAAGGCAUAAAAGAUCACAUACUGGAGAGAAACCCUAUGCAUGUAGUUGGUGUGGUAAGGCCUUUGCUGAAAACAGCAAUCUUAAAUUGCAUAAAAGAACACACACUGGAGAGAAACCCUAUGAAUGUAAUCUGUGUGGUAAGUCAUUUGCUCAACACAUUAAUCUUCAAAGCCAUAAAAGAUCCCAUACUGGAGAGAAACCUUAUGAAUGUCAUCAGUGUGGUAAGGCCUUUGCACAUCACAGCAAUUUUCAAAUGCAUAAAAGAACACAUACUGGAGAGAAACCCUAUGAAUGUAAUCAGUGUGGUAAGGCCUUUGCAGAACACAGCAAUCUUAAAUUGCAUAAAAGAACACACACUGGAGAGAAACCCUAUGAAUGUAAUCUGUGUGGUAAGUCAUUUGCUCAACACAUUAAUCUUCAAAGCCAUAAAAGAUCCCAUACUGGAGAGAAACCUUAUGAAUGUCAUCAGUGUGGUAAGGCCUUUGCACAUCACAGCAAUUUUCAAAUGCAUAAAAGAACACACACUGGAGAGAAACCCUAUGAAUGUAAUCAGUGUGGUAAGGCCUUUGCACAUCAUAGUCAACUUCAAAGGCAUAAAAGGACACAUACUGGAAAGAAACCCUAUGAAUGUAAUCAGUGUGGUAAGGCCUUUGUUCAACACAGUGCUCUUCAAAGGCAUCAAAUAACACACACGGUUGCGAAACAGUAUGCCUGA